AUGUUUGGGAACAGUUUGCUUUGCAUUGGAGAACUCUACAAGACUCAAGAACAACUAGUGUUUGUUGGACUUGUGCCCAAAUACUUCGGGGUAAAGUCAUGUCAGCCUGGUCAUUUGGAAAGAACUGUCAGCAUGGAAGAUCACGAGAUCAGCUAUAGUGAGGGAGAACAGCAAAUAUCUCCUCUAGUGUUUCUAGAGGAGGAAGAAGAUGCAGCUGGUCAGCUUCCUAACAUUGAAGAACACUGGGAAGAAUAUGAGCUGGAAGAAGAGCUGGAUGAUGGUGGCAAGAUGGAAAACAAGGACACUUCUGAAGAUGUUGGAGACCAGUCUGAUUCUAGCACCUCAGAACACUCUCUGGACAAUAUUGGUAACAUUAGGCCUCUGAAGUCUGCAGACAGAAUUCUCAUAACAGCCUUACAGAGAAACCUCCAAUUGCUCAAUGACAUGGUCAGGGAAAAGGAACUGGCAGUCCAAAAAACCAGUGACACGCUGAGUGCCUGUCGGCUGCAGAGCAAGAUGCUGGCAAAGCAGCUGGAUCAUGUAGACAUGGAAAUAGAGAGAGUGGAGGAGCCUGGCAAUGUUGCAGCUGUGUCCCGCCUGCAGGCCAUGAGCAGCCGAUUGUUCACUGAACUGGAGAGAGAGAAGGAGCUGGAGCUGAGACUUGCUCUGAUAUUAAAACAAAACUUGGUUGACCUGUGGCAGAUAGAAACUGAGCAGGGAAAAUACGACAUCCUCUGUGAACAACUUCAAAAAGACGAGGAGGAGCUACAGAUGCAAUACCAGGAGGAGAGAGAAGUGAAGAUUUGGAAGGAAAAAAUAACAGCCCUGCAAGCAGAAGGAACACAUCAGACUCGAGAGAAAAGAGAGGAGGAAGCCUGGAGAGAAUGUGAAGAAAGAAAUAAAAAACUUCUUGAGAAUGCCAAAAGGAACCAUGAGAAAGCAGUCUGUUUCCUGAGGCAAAGUAUGGCAAGAAUUUGUGAAAAAAAUGCAAAGGAAGAAGUGAAAGCUCAGGAGCAUAUGGAGAGAAGGAUACAAGCUGUGCUUUCCCUGAAAACCAGCAUCACUUCCAACAGGGAAAGGCUCCAAAGUCUCCAGAUUUUGAACAAAGCAAAGGCCUUGGAAGCAAAGAAGGAGGAGAUGAAAAUGAGGGAGGCCAUCCUAGCAGAAGGAAGCAAUGUUAUCAGGGAAAUUUUUCUCCAUAAACAACAGCAAGAACAUGAAAAAAAGAAAGAAGCUUUUAGAGAACUGCAGAAGUCAAGAAAAAUGGAGAUUGUGUCUCAAAUUUUGCAAGAAAGAGCUUCUAUUCACAAGCAGAGAAAAAGUCAGUCCCCUACUAAGGCAAUUAUGGCUCAUGGUAAACUUGAGGAUCCUUUCCUGCAGAGGGGGGAAGCCUGGCAAAGUGAGGAGACCUGCAAACAUGCAGAUGGGGAAAUAUCACAGUCGUGGCACUCUCCAUCAGUUUGUUCCUUGGCUGGGGAGGAAACUGCUCCCCAGGGAGAGAGUUCUGAGGACAUACCCCAGCAUGUGCUCUGGGAAAGUGGUGAUGAGGACAGAGAGAGGGACAAGACGCUCCUGGUACCAGAGUUCCCAGGACUUUGGAGUCAAGAAUAUGACUUGCACGAGGUGCCCAAAGCAGAAGAUCCAAUACAGUUGGCUAUAAGGGCAAUGAUGAAACAAAUAGCUGAGAAAAAAACGGAGAAACUCCAAACUGGAAUUCUUCAUAAGCAAACUGUGCCUGGCCAGGAACAUAAGAGCUGUGCUUUCCACAGCAAACCCAGCUGCAUUCAUUUCAAGGAUUUUGAUGUUGGUCAAAUCUACAAAAAGAAGAUAGUUUUGACAAAUGCAUCCUACAGUGCUAAUUACUGCAGGCUGGUGGGAAUCAGUGAAUGUCUCAAGGACUUCAUUAGUGUUCAUUUUGACCCACCUGGCAAAAUGUCUUCUGGGAUGUCCUGUGAAUUCCUAGUAACAUUUAAGCCAAUGAUAAAUGAAGGACUGGAAGGAGCAGUCAUAUUUAUGGCCCAGACAGGUUCUUUUUCUGUUCCACUGAAAUGUACAGUCAAGACCUGCAUUCUGGCUCUGGAUAAAGAGCUCAUUGACUUUGGCAGCCUUGUGGUGGGAGAGACAAUUUCACGGACCAUCAGCCUGACAAACAGCGGGGCUUUGGGAACCAGAUUCAAAGUUCAGACGUCAGCAGGUGCUACAAGUACCCUCAGAGCAACAGUAAAAGCUGCUCCUGCAAGAGUGGUGGGUUCAAAAGCACUUCCCUAAAGGAAGCAACUUGGUCAAGGAGAACUAAAUACCAGAUCAGAUCUGGACACAGAUAAUGCAGAUAAUUUAUUGGAGUUUUUUCCUGAAGAAAUACCAAUUGAAAUUAUGCUUGGAAAGGUGACUGAGGGUGAGAUUGGACCCUUCAGCUUAGUGAAAAUCCCAGUCCUGUUUGUCCCAGCUGUCCCUGGGGAUGUGAGGGCAGAGUUUGUGAUCGUGUUUGACAACCCAAACUGCAAACCACUGAGCUUCAGUGCCAUUGGAGUUUCUGUAGAUGUGCCCAUCUGGGUGCCCCAGCCCAGCGUGGACUUCAGAAUCUGCCUGUAUGAGCGGCUGUACCAGGACAGCGUUGAGGUGUGUAGCAGAGCAACAACCAAGCUGCGUUUGAAGUUUGAGGUAUGCAGAGAAUUGAGCAAGCACAUGGAACUGCUUCCGAAAACAGGCUACAUCCAGGCUCAGUCAUCCUUCAGUGCACAGCUCAAGUUCCUGCCCAGGAAGUCUCUUCCUGAAGAUGCAGGGAGGUAUUUCAAUGCAGAGACAGGAAUCCUGGAGGUUCCAGUGACAAUCCUCAUCGUGAACAAGGCUAAAAAAGUUAAUUUUACUGUCCAUGCCAUUGUUACUACUUCUGAUUUGGAAAUCAGCCCAGAACAGAUCAACUUUGGAUACUGCACAAUCUAUGAAGCUGUGCAAGCAAAUGUCAUCUUAACAAACAAAUCCAUCUUGCCCCAGGAGUUUGGAUUUGUGGGACUGCCAGAGUUUGUUGAAGUUCAGCCCAACAAUGGAUUUGGAAUUAUUCUUCCCCUGGAAAGCCUGACACUGGACAUAAUCUUUAAAGCCACCAAGGCAAAAGAGUACAGCUUUGAGCUCUCCUGCAGGACAGAGAUCAACAGACAAUUCAAGCUGUCAUGCAAAGCAGUUGGAGUCCACCCACCUCUUGAAUUGUCUCAUUCCUUGGUUCAGUUUGCUGCUACAGUCCUGAACUCUGCGUCUUCAGCCACCCUGGAUGUGCUUAAUUCCCACGUGGACAGGAACCCCCUCACUCACCCUGUCCCAUGGAUUGGCAGUGGGAACCCUGUCCCAGUUGGCCCCACUUGCUUUGAAUUCCAUGUGCCCCAAGACUGUCCUGUGACCAUUACACCUUCUGUGGGAACUGUGCUGCCUGGGCAGAAAAGCUCCAUCCGAGUAUCCUUCAGCCCGGUGCUGUCAGAUCAGCAAAUCAGGGAGGAGGCAGCAUGGAGGCUCAGCACAGCAGCUGUGCCAGAGGCAGGAGCACAAGUAAGGAAUAGGAAAGAUUCAAAGAAAGAGCGAAAAAAAUCAAGCAUUUCCAUUCCCAGAGGAAAGGCUGGAAGCAGGAAAUGCCUGGCUGCUGUAAAUAGCCCUAAAGAGACAGAACCUGAAGAGUUAAAGCCCAAUUCUGAUGUUUAUAGAGCAGCCCAGUUUUCCCUGACAAAGAGUUUCAGAGGGAGUUUUAACAAAUACAUCAUCCCAUGCUUUGUUGCAAGUGGCCACACCACUGGAGAGGAGGGCCCUGGGAACUUAACCUGCAGCCCUCACAACACCUUGUACCUGGAGCUGCACUGCCCUGCUGUACCCCCACCUGUUCUGAUCACUUCCGACUCCGGGAUCAAUGCGGCCAACUUUGGGGACGUUUCUGUAGGCCACAGAAUGAUGAAAAGAAUUACAAUAGAAAACAUCUCCCCACAGAAGCUGGAACUGGGAUUCUCAGUUCUGAAUCCCAGUGGCCCUUUCCUGUUGGUCAGAGCUGUUGGAACGCUUGAGCCAGGUGAAAAGAAACCCCUCAUCAUAUCUUUUUGUCCAAGUGAGGAUAAAUGGUUCUUGGAAACUCUGGACAUCCAGGUGGGAAAGACCAACCUCACCCUCCACCUCUCCGGGCAUGGGGUGGUGCCAAGCACUGAGUGCUCCGUGGGAGAGGUGCUGGACAUGGGAUACAUCAUGGCCAGAGACACGGUGACUGCCACAGUCAAGAUAGAGAACACUUCCAACCUGACCCUGCUGUUCUCUGUACAACUGGAGUCGCUCUCACCAACAUGGGACAGAGACAGGCAGAAAAUUCCAUCCUUUCUUACAUCUUCUAUGCAGAGAACAGAGAUUGUUGGAACACAGAACUAUAAUGGCUCCAGUGUGUUCAGUGUCUCUCCAACAGAAGGAAAAAUUGAGGCUGGGAAGACCCAGGAUUUUGUUGUUACUUUUAGUCCUGAUCAUGAAAGUCUCUACUACUCUGACUGUCUUAAGGUUCUGCUCUUUGGGAAGCAAACAGCCCACAAGAUCCACCUGAAGGGUGCAGCCCGGGAUCACCUCAUGUUUGUGGAGGGGGGAGUGCCCCUGGAUGUACCCAUGGAGUCCUUGGCUGUGACCUCAUCUGUGGCACCACAGGAAGGAGGUAAAGAAAGGCCACAAGAAGCAGUGAGGUCUCUUCUCCUGCUCCUGGAGUACAUGGAGAGCUCAGCAGAGCCAGCCAGGGCAGAGAUCACCAUUGGCACCAUGCAAAGUCCUCUGCUGGCAGCCAAGAAGGCCGUGGAGUUCAGCCUGGACAGCGGCCCGGAGCUACAGCAGGCGGGGUUCACGCUGGACGGUACGAGGGGAGCCCUGGAGCGCGGGCAGCUGCAGCAUAUCAGCGUCUCAUGGAUGCCACCUGCCGACCUGCAGACCAGUGACCCCCCGCUUGUGUCAGCCCUCCUUACUGUAAAAGGUGACAUUACAGAAUCCUACCGAGUCCUGUUCAUGGCAAGAAUUGUGUCUGCACCUGCUCCCACUGAAUGA